AUGCGCAAGUGGGGCAAGUGGGUGGCGGAGAUCCGCGAGCCGAACAGGCGGUCACGGAUCUGGCUCGGGUCCUACUCCACCGCCGUCGCCGCCGCGCGCGCCUACGACACGGCCGUGUUCUACCUCCGCGGCCGCUCCGCGCGGCUCAACUUCCCCGACCAGCUCGACGGCGCGGCGGUGGCCGACAACCCCGAGGGGCACAAGGACGGCGCGGGGGCGGGGCUCACCGCCGCCGCCAUCCGCAAGAAGGCGGCCGAGGUCGGCGCCCGCGUCGACGCGCUCCACUGCGGCGGCGGCGUUCUCGCUGGCGGCGGCGGCUCCUCUCCGCAGCCGCUGUCGUCCCACCAUCGCCGCCGCCCCAAGAACCCCGACCUCAACCGGGAGCCCACCCCGGACACCUCAGACGACGAGUAA